ACAGCUGUGACCUUCAGAAUCAUGGUCUUUAUCAUUUCAUGUUUGUCUCAUGAGUAUUCUUUAGUAGAUAGCAGAUUUCCCUUGGUACAAAUAAAUAUAUAGACACGCGAAUAUGACUUUCUCACUGUAGUGCUUUGUAAUAAAAGUAGCUUUAACUUCAAAGUUCGGGAUAAGUUACUGUUAUUAUCACUACUGAUUUUAGAACACGUCAGUGUCCACGGCGAAGGAAAACUGCAUGGAUCUAAUCACCAUUGAGGUCACCACCUAUGAGAUUGACUCAGUUUGUAGAAUCCUUUGCUUUCCGUUUUUGUUUGUCAUUUUGUACUACUGACUUGUUUGAAGUCACAAAUAUCAUUAAGAGCACAUGGACAUUGGGCAUUCGUCAAAGUUCCUAUAAUCCACAAAUUAAAACUAAUGGAUUACGUUUGUGCCUAGUUCAAGGACUAAAGCUAAUACGUACCAUUUAUCCUCUAGGAAUCAAUUGACAACUUGUUUUAUGAAUACCAAUUAACUAAAUUCAUUAAUUUUCAGAUCUGGGAAUCACGACGUUUUGACUGAAUGACAAAAGGUUUCGGUCUUCGUAAACAAGAUUAAUCCAAUCAGUUAUUGUAAAAAAACGGUCUCCAAGUUUCACUAUUUCCAUUUGAAUAGAACUCAUGUGGACUCCCCCAGUUAGUGAUAAUCCUACACCUUUCAACAUUGAGCGAGAGCUGCUUCCCACAGUAAUUUCAGAACCAUCGUCCAAAACAUCUAGUAUAUCUUCAACUACUAGCACUUUGGACCAUGAUUCUUUAAAGGAGAACUGCCUACAAUAUACUCCACAAAACGUCAGAUACCAGCACUACCCAGUUCCGAAGGUUAGAUGCUUAUCGUUCCCAUACCAAACACUUCCCUCCUGUGGGUCGACAGUGUAUUUGUAUACUUGGUCUCUCCCAAGGAAUGACAUAAUAACUCAGCUAUGUUCACUUGCCACAACAUGUUUUCGAGACACAAACACAACUAUCGGACUUUUGUUUUCUAAACAAAUAUCCAAAAAAGACUACGUUUGUCGAAUUCCUAUCUACCUAACUCGCGGUAUGGCUCGUUCACGUGUUCGAUUAACAGGGAAACUUACACUAAAUAAGAAAGAAUUAGAGUGUGUCGAAUCAGCUCAUCAUGUUAUAGCCGAAUUAAUUACAAAUAUUGCUCAUAUGUCUCAUGUUGGUUAUAAACCAUCAGAUCCUCUUCUCCGUGCUCAUUUCGAUAAACAAAACUCUUCAACGAAUAUCCCCGAAUCUCUCCGCGUCGUACUUUUUGAUCGAUUUGGUGACUUAUCAUUCAAUCCCGAGAAAGCAAAUAUCCUGUCAUUGGUGACGCUGAUUAGACUACCAGAUUAUACUAUCGAUUAUGAAGCACUCAACGCACUUCUAGAGUGGUCUGUUUGCCGAGAUACUGGAAUUUCAACAGCUGAUGAUAAUUUUUCCACGUAUGUUAAACCUGUACAUGGUAUUGUGCCUAAAUGGCGAAUUCGAUUGAGUCAAAUACCUGAAGACAAUUGGGUUGGUUUGGUCGUCAAACCUAAUCACUUACCGGAUAGUGAUCCUGGUAUGUUUUCGAUCUCAAAGGUUAGUUCGGAAACUGCUUCAAGUCCUCUUCCGGAAACCCUUGCUUCCAAACUUGGUGAUGUUCAAAAUGUCAAAGGCGCUUCUUCUCUAACUUAUUCCGACUACUAUAGAAUUAAAUAUCAACAGAUGAGAAACAUAUCUUUCACAAUAAAUCCAUCACUACCAUUGUUUGAAUGUCUGAGAAUAACACGUCAUCAAAAUUCGACUCAAGUUAGUGCGGGUCUAAGGAAAAAUAAAGCAUCUAUCAAACCAUCGGUGUUCCUAUCUGAUGCUUGUUUAGUGCAUCCAUUGUCAUCAUGGAUUUGGUUCCAAGUUUCCUUGAUACCAACAAUUCUCUAUCAAAUGUCACGAGCGUUACUAGUCUCACAACUGUUCACAGAGUUGAAUUAUGAACUGAAAAGUCCUCAACCAUUCUCUCAAAUUAGAAUAAAUUCAUUAACUCUAAGCAAUGAUUCACUUUCUCAUACAACCAUACUUGUCCCUGAUCGUUUAAGUGUUCCUGUUUUUUUAAAUGGUGAACCAAUGGAAAAAAAUAUCUUUGAUUUUGAAGUGGAUGAAACAACUUCAGAAAUAGAUAAACAAUUGGAUAAUAAAGCCUAUAGUGAAAGUUUAGAGAAAUCUACAAUUUGCCCUCACCCUAAUAAUCUAAUUGAACCAACUACAUUACUCGGAGCUCGAGAUGCAGUAGACCUUGAACGUUUAGAAUUUUAUGGCGAUUCAUUCCUGCAUUUUAUAUCUACAUUAUGUGUUUAUGGCACCAAUCCACAAGAUGCUGACGAAGGGUGUUUAAGUUCCAAAAGAGGUUCACUUGUAUCGAAUGCUCAUCUCUGCGAUAUUGCUUGCGACUUGAAAUGGUAUGAAUAUUGUACCGGUCAAACAUUUUCGCCACCAGAACACUUUUUACCCCCAUGCUACUCUGUUGCGUCCGAGGCUAGUAAAUAUGAUCCACGUUUGUAUACUCGUUUAACAGAUAAAUCUUUGGCAGAUAUGAUUGAAGCACUUAUAGGAUGUUUCUUACUACGUUCAGGACUAUCUGCUGCAUUUAAUUUACUUCAUUAUUUUCAAAUAUGUCCAGUGAGUUGGAGCACCCUAAAAAGUGAUAAGCAUUACAAAGUUGAAGCUCCAUGGCACUUUUUUUUACAACCAAAAUUAUAUUCAGAACUAAACUAUGGAAAUGCUUUCAAUCCUUCAUCUAGAUCGUUACAUAUUUCGAAGGAAAUUAUACUGGAAUUAAAUCAGAGGUUUUUUCAGUUACAAGAAAAACUAGGUUAUGGUUUUAAAAAAAUUGAAUUGCUUGCGGAAGCUGUGACUCAUCAGUCAUCAUCUAAUAGACAAUAUUGGGGGAAUUAUCAAAGGUUAGAAUUUCUUGGCGAUUCCAUUUUGGGCCAUAUUAUCAGCAACUAUCUGUUUCAAAAAUGUCCUCACUCAUCCCCAGGUGCAUUGACCACCGCACGAUCUACUGUUGUCAGUAAUAUUAAUUUAGCUAAUGUUGUUGUUGAGCAUGAAAUCCACCCGUUCAUCGAUUUUGGGAAUUGCAGUCAGAAAGCAUGCAUUGAUGAUAUAAAAAGUAUUCAUCGUCAAACCGAUUCACAUUUUGAACGUAUUGAGUUAAUUACAAAGAAGGUUUCUUCGGGGCUCAAUAUCAAGGUAUUGGCUGAUGUGUUUGAAUCGAUUCUCGGUGCAAUUUUUGUAGACAGUGAUGGUAAUCAUCAAGUCGUUUCUUCUAUUAUUCAUCGAUUCUUGGGUAAAACGAUGAAUUCUCUCAUUACUAAUUUACCUGUUCAAACAGUUCAACAAGUGGAUUUACCAUAUCCUGAAAUACGAUAUAAGUAGGUCAAAGAUGUGUUUUUUCCUCCAAUGCCGCUAAAAGACUGGUUGCAGCUCGGUUACUUAGUCCUGUUCGGAAUUCAUGUGCACGUUAUCUGGUGACUUAGUGGUAAAAUCUCUUUUCCCCUUACAAAUUUGUGGCACCACUGCUCCUGCCUAUAUGGUCUGCAUUUCGUUCUAGUGGUACAUUAAGUGAUAUUAAGUACUAUGUAUGCAGACACUUAACGAGCAUCAUCCACAACCAAUCACUUAUCUUCAAAUAACUUCAAGUUAAUCAUUUAUUCGUUUCUGUUUAUUAUCUUUUAAAAUAUUCGCCCAACAGUUAUAAUAUCCAUAGUUCUUUAAAAUAUGUGGAAGAAAUGUUUGCAUGUUUACUUACAUCUGUUACCCGUCGUGGAGCAUUGACCGUCGACAAUGGCUCCAAAUAAAUCUCUCCUGGGCUCUCGAUUCGCGGUUAGUGUUUUCUUUUUAAUACCUGCCUCCGAUUCCCGGAGCAAGGUGUUCUUUGGUCUGCCCCUUGUCGUUUUACCUUGAGGAAUUAAAGUUGGGACCUCUUGUUUCUCACACUUGCCCAGAUCUACUUUUUCUGGUAUCUUGAAGAGGUGUCCUUCUUUCAGUCUAUCAGCACUUGUUCCCAAAUCUUUCUGAAUGGGAUGUGGAGCAUCUUCGUAGUCACCUCUAUGUCUGACUUCAGUGCUUCAUCUUGUACGUUUUCCGGGUUUACUGAUCUCCCACUCUUGAUUUCUUCUAUUUGAGUGACAAGUAUAAGGAGGUCUAUGUGUGCUGUUUCGAUGUCUGAUGGGUUCAGUAGGGUUGGUCUGUUUUGGAGCUCUUCAAAAUCCUAUAUCCUCUUGUUCCUCUGUUCUUGAAUCUCAGUGAUUGGCUUUCCUGUUUUCUUGACUGUUUUUUCUUGGCUUAAUUUAUUUCCCUGCUGGUUUCUUCGUUCGGUCAUUCAGUUCUUGCCCACUUUUUUUGCAGCUCGUUCUACUGUAGUUACCAGUUCAUAUACCCAUUUCCACUUGUCAACUCGCAUGCUCUUUCCCUAUUAUUCGUUUGCUUCUGUAUGGUCAGCCUGUGUCUUGACCUUUUCUGCUCUUGUUUUGCUGUUGUUGAUUGCCGUUUUGUUCUUCCUUUCUUGAAUCCUCCUUAGGGUUCCAAUAAAGAUCCAUUCUUUAUGCUGGUGUUUCUUACGGCUAAGCACGUCCUGUAUUUUUGAAGUUGUUGCUUUUUAUCCCCUUUCAGAUAUUUUCCAUAGUGGUUUCCUUUUCUGUGAAUAGAUCUUGUUAAAUUUGGAACAUGUUUCUGGGAGCUAUAUUGAAUUUGUCGAGUUUGUCAGUAUCUCGAAGAAAGGACGUAUUAGACCUAUCUAGCGAUGAUCCUUCAAUCAUUCAAUUCGUUAGCUUUAGUUUUAUUUUGGCCACCACCAGGUGAUGAUUUGAAGCUAUAUCUUCUCUUGUCGUUCUCACAUCCUCUGUGGUGUAAAUGUAAUCGACCUGGUUUUCAGUGUGAUCCGGUGAAGCACAUGUAGCUUUGUGUAUUCACAUAAAUUUCAGACCUCUCAUCAUUCUCGUUCCUUUACCCCAGUCUAUGUCGUCUCAUGAUAGCUUCAUACUUGAUGUUUUUCAUUACAACUUAAACGUUCAGGUCUCCCAUCAAUAUGGUCAUGUCCUUUCCUGAACACUUCUCUAUGAUUGACUGCAGCCGUCCGUAAAGUUGGCCGUUUUCGUCUUCAUUGCUGUCAUCGAUAGGGUAUAGUACUAGAUAAUAUUUUUUGUAAUCUUCCCAGUUUUUUUAAGGCCGUUCUGAUGAUUACUGGAUUCAUGAGAUUCCCAUCCUAUAAGUGUUUAUCAUGCUUCUUUGGACAGCAUCAAUUCAACUCCCUGAGUGUGCGAAGCAUUUUGUUCUUCACGACUGGAGUACAACAGCAUCUCUCGAAUCCUAUUUUUUCUAUUCAGCCUGCGUUCAAUGGGUUUGACCUAUUCCGAGCACCUCCAGGUUGUAUCUCUUCACUUCCACAGCUAUUUGACUGACGCUUCCGGUCUCCUGUAUUGUGCGAACAUUCCAUGUGUUGAUUAGUAGUUGUUGUUAGAAGGGGUACCGGCCUUGUGACGUUUAAGGAGUCUCGGCUUACACAAGGACGUCAUAGCUCCUGUUCUGGUGAUGUUUUGUGGCUAGCUUUCUCAACAAAAUUGUUUUCUAUGGGAUGAUUUUGCUAACCAUGUGCUCAAUCCUCCUCUUAGAGAGGAAGAACAAAUAUUGGUGCUCUCUUUAAGAUAAUAAAGGGAACUAUGUGUAUGAAAUAAUCCUCCUUUAUCUGGGCUCUGGAGUGACAGCAACGCUGGAAAAGCUCUAAUCAAAGUUAAACUUCCGUAUAGAUGGUUUUUAUAACCGUUUCACACCUACUGAACCAAACAAUCAGGAACUCCAUAACUCGAUUACUAAGUGGUACUGAUUUUCUUCGACGAUAUGUAUAAAAAGUAUAGAUAUAGAACACCUGAAUAGUUCUUAACAGUGUGUAUGAAGUCAGUCAGUUCCCACAGAGUUGGGUAUGUUCACGUUUUCAGUAACAAAAUUUAUUCUUAUCUAGAAAGGAAUUUGUUUUGAUAAUGGGCGAUCAAGCAGGAACAUUAUAAUUAUAUUGGAUUCGAGAAUUGCGCGAUAAAUUAUUUUUCUAUAGCAGUAUACAUUUAAAACAUACAAGAAACGAAGUUUCUAUUUUUUGCGUAUUUAUUGAACCAAGCACAAUCAUCAAAAAUUCGAUCAUUCAACAAAAUAGCUGGUAUAAUAUAGGGUCAGGUAAAUUCGAACUAAGCACAUUCAGCAAAAGACGGAGUAGAAUCAAAUAAAUGAUCAAGGCUCAAAACUUAGACAAAAUAACAAUCUCUUAAUGAAUCAAGAGUUGAACUCCAUGCACAUUGUUAUGGAGGGUUGGGGAGGAUAAAACAAUAUACUGAUAUGGAAGGUUUAUCUCACACAUGCACGCCUAUCUAUCUACAUAACAUACAAAAAGUAUUUUACCACGGUUCUUUUGAUUUUUCGUUUCACUUGGUGAAAUCUAAACUAUCACAUACUUCUACUUUACUUCAAUGCAUGUGUUCAUCGUGCAUGAUAUAAAGAAUUCUUAGAAUUCUUUUUUAACAUGUAUCAGGUUUAAUGAAAUUUAUACCGGUUUUCUUAUGUUGCCAACUUUAGCAGACCACAUAUCUUUAUUGUUACGCGGUUUACAUUAUUAUGUUACUGGGGUUUCGAAUUAUGAUUUCCAGGUAUUGUACUGGAUUCAGGAUUCCUCCAAAUACUUUCUUGGUAAUUUUAAUUCGUCUAAGCAUGUUCAAAACCAUAAGGUCACAAAAUAAUGGAGAGGUGGUGGGAUUUCAUUCACAGUUUCUGUUGAUAUAUCAUAUACACUGAAGUAAAGAGGUCGGUAUCUGGUUUCAACCGAUCUAUUUAUCGUAGCUGCUUUCUUGACGUGGUGAUCAGGUUUUCAAAUAGUUCUGAUUCAAUUGAACUUUAUUGACUAAAACAGUUAUUUCUGUAGGACCUACCAUGCCAAGCUGAUUGGUUUGAAAACGGUGGAUGGAUUUAUACUGAUAACUUUCAAAAUAAACUCAUCGAUGGGUCCAGAUUGACCACAUUACCAUCAGUCGUCUUCAGAGAAGCCUGAUAUAAGUCUGUCGCCUAUUAUGGAGAACUUUCAGGCUUAUGAUGCUUUAGUAUGAGCGCACGUUUGUCUGCGUUUCAACAAAAGCACCAAAGACACAACAGCAAAACUUCGAAGUCCAUGUUAACGAUAAAAUAAUCAAGAUUAUGUUUUUUUAUGAACGACUAACACGGCAGUCAAUCAUCAGAGUGAUUUUCAUUUCGGUUUAGUCUGGUUUGAUACUCGAGUGGCUGUGAAAACAAUUAAAAUAAAUGUCUAUUGCAUUAGUCUACGCUCGAAAACUGAUCCCACAAGUCUACUCAUCAAACAUGGACCGUGGUGGCCAGCGAAACGAAAGGAAUUCGGAACUGACGGAAGUAAUAUGCAGCAUGAAUCACAAACUAACAAAUGUUCCCCAAUUUCGUACUUUAGAAACAUGAUCAGUCUAGAUGCUUGCCAGUUGGUUUACCUUUUCGCGCACAUGUAGUGUUCUAUGAUCCAUUGAGCUCGAGAGUAGUGCAAUUUCGGUCAUACGUUACUUGAUGUAAAGCUAAUUAUAUGUGUUUAAUAGGAAUUUGGCGUCGUUUUUGUGUUAAUGUUGUUGAUAUACAGUGACAAAUAAUCAGACCAACUUGAAGGACGUCAAUAAACAAGUAAUCCUUCACUCUCACUUGUUUUAUCGCCUUUGGUUAUAUUUGCAUCUGAUUGGUUUUCUUUAUUUGAUUCUUGAUUGUAACUCCGAAAUGUCACUUCUACAAACAAAUUAACUUCAACUUCUAGUUCUUUUUCCAUUAUAUUGUUCUUGGUAUUACCUGUUCAUGUGUAAUUUAAUGAAUAACGUGAAAGUUGAGUUUUUUUUGUAUCAAAUAUUUAUUCACGGUCUUAUGCUUAGCAGUUGACUCAUAGUUUUAAUUAAGCCGAUUGGUUUGUUUGAUAAUUUAUUUGUCCUGUUUAAAAUUUUCAUAAUUUUCACAGCAACUCAACUACUAUAUCACCAACGUUACAUGAAGAUGUUCAUAAUUCGGUUUUAUCGAUUAAAGGUAAGCGCCUAUGUGUGACGGAAAAUAUGGAAAAUUGUUCUCGUUUCCGACUUGUUGAAGAAAUUUGAUGCAUGGAACAACAAAUAAUACUGAUGAUCAAAUCAAACAGUAUUUUUGUUGAGAUUUAUUAUUUCCCGAGCACUUUAUUUUUUCUACAAAAAUGCUUUGAGUAUUCUAUCUUGUAUUUUUUUAAAAAGCUUUUCUGUUUUCUUAUUCACAAUAGUUCUAACUAGAAGUAUGCAUAAUCUUUUUAAAUGACAAAUAAAGCGAAUUAUUCAUAACUG